AUGAGUGAUCGAUAUCGAUGUUGUAGUACGGGUUUAGAUCAAUCUUCUUUACUUGCAAAUAUACCACAUUUUUCGUUGAAACUAACCGCGAACAGAUUGAAUCCACUUGAGAAAACCAGUGACAAACAUAUGAAUUCAAAUUAUAUUCUGUUAGCUGCAACUACUUUUUCCAAAUUUUCACCUACAUCUAACGAUACAAAUUCCAUGGAUGAUUUAUUGAGUGGAGGAAUUAACAAUACAACUCUGUCAGGUACAACAAGAAAUCCCCUGUUAUAUCCUAGUGGAUGUUUAAUUCGUGAAGAAAUUUCUCAAAUAUGUUAUUGUUUUAGAACUUACUUUCAACUUGUUUUGUUUGUUAAGAAGUCAAGUUUAGCCAUAAUGUAUUCAGAAAAAUAA